AGUUUGUCACGAGGAACGGUCCGCUGAACCCGUCAUCUCUGACCGCCGCCGACGGCGGGAAAAGAGGAAGAGCGGCCAAUCCCGCCGGGUUCAUGGGUUGAAAGGCCAAAUGUCGGACCACCUCUGGCUCCCGUUGGCUUGACCGAGGGACCGAUUGACCCGUCUCGCGGGGGGAAAGGAACCCCCCCACCCCCCCUCCUCUGCCCCACCUCGUCCGGAAGGGACCCUGCGUGGCCGCUAAACGAACAGGGACGAUGUGGCUGGGGCUGCUGGCGCUGGUCUUCCUCAGUUCCGCGGCUGACGCCGAUGUUGCCAAAGCUUCUGCAAAGACCAGAAGGCAGAGACGGGCGAGCGGCGAGGGCUCUUGGCCUUCUUGCCCCAAAGGCUGCGAGCGCUGCUCCGAGUACAACGGCUGCGUCCGAUGCAAGGCCAAGCUGUUCAUGUUCUUGGCCCGCAGCGACCUGAGCCAAGUGGGCGUGUGCUUGGCCUCCUGCCCCGCCGGGUACUUUGGCGUCAGGAUCCACGGAGGCAACAACAGAUGUUCACAAUGUGAUCUCGACUGUGACGUGUGCUUCGACCGUAAGUUUUGCAUGAAAUGCAAGGAGGGCUUGUAUUUGGACAACGGAAAAUGUUCUGCGAGUUGCCCUCCGGGCCUGCACCCCGCCAACGAUACCAUGGAGUGUGUGGAGUGCCAGCUGUCCGAGUGGAGCCAGUGGGGCGCGUGCGUGAAGACGACGAGCAAGCCGUGCGGCUUGAAAAAGGCCGCUCGUUCUCGGGUGCGACGACCGCUGCGGGUGUGGGACGCGCCCUCCCAGACGUGCGCGCCUCAGACCCAGAGGAGGAAAUGCGCGGCGCCCAAGACGCCCUGCAAAAGAGCUCGAGAGAAGAAGACCGAGGGAGGCCGGCCGCUGAACGAAGCUGGAGGACAAGGAGGCAGCGGUGGUGGCGGCGGCGGCGGGAGGAAGCGCAAAGGCCAAAGCAGGACCACCGUCGCUCCCAACGUGUCCACCAGCUCCGCCACUUAAAGGCGGAAGGAUUCCACCCAGGAAAAACCCUCCUGAGACGACGUGAAGCUUUUACAUCGUCCGAGGUGUCGUACAGACAGACAGACGAGACGAGACCGAUUGUGACGGAAACAACGCCGGGCUGUCUUUUUGCGACUGGGAGCAAAGAGGCAGAGCAAGCCGCUUUGCUAAUCGACACUUCUGAAGCUGCUUUCUUUGCUUUCCGUGUUUUGGCGCGCUCGUCACUUUUGGAACCGAAACAAUGACGGUGACGACAUCCGCGCCGGUCGGCGUGCACCAAGUCUUUGGAAAGGUCGACGUGU